CGGAAUAUUGAUGGCGUAUUCACGGUAACGCGCCACUCGACGGCAUUGGCUACCAUUACGAGGGUAUAAAAGAGCCCGUUCGGAGAGACAAUCCGCGACAGAAUUAUCUGGUGCAGUGAACGGCUAAGCCACCUCGUACGACACAAUGUUCGCAAAGCUCAUCUUCCUCAGCAUUGUGGCCUGCGCCAUGUCGCAGCUUAUUUACCCGGAGCCAAUCUACCCUCCGCAGCCGUACCACUUCGGCUACGAUGCGGUGAACCCGGUGGAGGGCUCGCACCACUACCACGAGGAGACCAGCGACGAGACCAACUCGCGUACGGGAUCCUACGGCUACACGGACGCGUUCGGCGUGUCCCGUCGCGUGGACUACGUUGCCGACGCGGGAGGCUUCCGUGCCAGUGUGUCCACCAACGAGCCUGGCACUGCUCCCAGCGCUCCGGCCGAUGCCUUCUACAAUGCCCCUGUGCCCGCGUCGUAAGCGUCCAGCAAUAAAUGAUCUUCCCACAGCUCCAAUGAAAUACUCCCCAGACUCCGAUUGCAUUACGAUGUCAACGAGUCAUUUCCGUUGAUGUAACGUCUCUCUUCUCUUGCUAUUAUACCGGUACCCUGUCGUGCAGCUAAGACAGUGCAAGGAACUUUAAUAGUUUCUUUCAGGAACCAGAUUCAUUC